CCUUUAAUCUCUUCCACUUGAAAGUUAAUUUUUCUUCUUCGUUAUAAUUAUCGGGGAAGUCGAAAACGAUCCAUUGUUCUUUUUUUCAUUAUUAAACUCGCUCCAUUUGAUAUGGGGGCUGAUUGUGGGACAGUUUAUUAUUGCUACAUUUUCCGGACAUCGCGGGUGUUCUUAUUCUUCGCCUUCGACCAGUUCCGUUACUUUUUUUCCUCCUUUCUUUUCAUCUUUUUUCUCCGUAUUUACGAUAGGACAGCAAAGAACUAAAACAAACUCCACACGCAGCAUUGGCGGCGUACGAUGACAUUCCGGAUCGCGGUGCGGAAUACGGCACUUUUGCGGUUGCGUCGAGUGAAAAUUUACAAGAAAAGUACAGUUAGACACAACUCUUUAAAAGUAGGUUGACGAUAUCUCGACAUUUAAACGUUUUAAAACGUUUUAAAACCAUUAUAGAGUCUAAGCACUGAAAGCAUUUUUUAAAUUAAAAUUGAAACUUUUAAUUAAAAGGAAGUUAAAGGAAUUAACAGUUAUUUUCUGGGAGUUUAUAAAGAUCUAAAUCGUGCUUAAAACAAUGCUGUUAAAACAGUUCUUUUUUUGUCUUUAUGUUUUAUUUGCACUUUUUAAUAAAUUUUGCUCUUUUUGUUCUCGAUUUCAAUUCUUAAACCAAUUUCUUUCGGAGAACGCAAAAGAAAAGUUAUAAAAAUAAAAUCUUUCUAAAGAAAUCUUGUUGGGUUAUUGCUUAUUGUUGUUCGCGAAACAAUAAGCUGCGCUCGUUUCUGCUCCCAUUUCUUCGUAGCAAAGAAGAAGAAAACGAGACGAGACAAAACCAAUAGCUAUUUUAUUUAUGAUAUUAUCCUUUUUGUUCUCUCUUCACGCUUUGUUUAUGAAUAAGAAAAAAAAUGAUGAUGAGAAGGUUUAGUUCUAAUUUCCAACGCGAUUUAUUUAAACAAUUAAUGGCACGUGUUUAGAUAGUAAAUUAUCGUAUAACGUUUAUUUUGAAUACCGCUAACUGAAAUAGUCGUUCGUGCACUUCCAACGAAAACGCAGUUGUAAAAAAAAAUCGUUUUGUUUACUAUUUAUUAUUUCAAUGUUGUGGUGUUGUCGAAAGAAAUUUCGCGAAAACGGUAGCAAUCUUAACAGACCAUGGUUGAAUGGACACACGACAAAACCAGAGGAUAAACAGUCUACGUUAUCCAGGUACUGUACCGUCGAGAGACAGAGGAACCAAGUCAAUAUCCAGGCGGUGAAGAGAGCGUGCAGGGAAAAAGGUACAUUGUACGAGGAUGUUGAUUUUCCAGCGACCACCAGGUCGCUGUUUCAUCACAAGAAACCACAUCAACAUCCCAUCGUAUGGAUGAGGCCACACGAAAUGUGUCAAAGACCAAGAUUUAUUGGUGAUAACUCUGGUGAUUUACUAAGAUUCGCGGUGGAAUCCGGAGAACUCGGUGAUCAAUGGUUAUUGGCAGCAGUGGCAUCUUUAGCUUUAACCCCUCGAUUUUUGGAUAGGGUGGUCCCCCCAGAUCAAGGAUUCGAUAAUUCGCAAUCGUAUUGCGGCGUUUUUAGAUUUAGAUUUUGGUAUUUUGGUGAAUGGAAAGAAAUAAUUGUCGACGAUCGAUUACCAACGCAUAAAGGACGCCUUCUUUACCUUCAUUGCGCGAAUAGCACGGAGUUUUGGGCACCACUUUUAGAAAAAGCUUACGCAAAAUUUUAUGGAUGUUACGAAAAUCUUCAGCAAGGCUCGACAACGAGAGCUUUGCAAGAUUUAACGGGGGGAAUCGUUCAAAGUUUUGGGUUAACCCAUCAAGAUCGUUUCUUAACGUUUCAAGUAUUAAAUAGUGCCGUUCCAAGAUCGAGUUUAUUAAUAGCUACAAUUCUACCUGAAAAAGAAAAUAAACGUCAAUUACGUCUUAGAAAUGGUUUAAUAACUCAACACGCUUACAGUGUGACCGGUUUGGCGAGAGUUAGAGGACCAAGUGGUGAAACACCUUUAGUUCGAUUAAGAAAUCCUUGGGCUAGAGGAGAAUGGACGGGACCAUGGAGUGAAAGAUCAUGGGAAUGGGAUGGGUUAUCACCGAGAGAUAAAGAAUUAUUAGGAGUUCGAGUAAUAAACGAUGGGGAAUUUUGGAUGUCUUUCGAUGAUUUCGCUCGGAAUUUCACCCAAUUAGACUUGGUUCAUGUUGGCCCGGAUGAUUGGAUGUUAGAGGCAGCCCUGCAUUCGAAACAACCGUGGAGGGCAGUUUUAGCUCGGAGAAGAUGGAGAUCUGGGUACAACGCAGGCGGUGGUCCCGGAUAUUUAGAGACGACCGCUUUAAACCCGCAAUUUCACGUUCAAAUUCCAAGAAGUUCGAGUAAUAAAUGCCACGUGGUCGUUUCAAUUACGCAAUAUUACGAGUCAAAUCCCGGCGAAUUAAAGAAAAAGGAGAGUUUGUUUGCAAUUGGAUUCGCGGUGUAUGAAGUUCCGCAUUCGAUGCCGAGAUUAACGCCACAUUUUGUUGCGGAACAAAAACCUCUCGAUGUAACGAAUCAUUCAAUAGCAAGAGAGGUUGUUACCUUUUUUACUUUACCCCCUGGUGAUUAUAUCGUUGUUCCUCAAACCAAUAUUCCUAAUUUAGAUGGGAAAUUUUUGUUGAGGAUUUUCACAGAUGAGCAAAGUAAUAUUUGGGAGGUGAAUGAUGACAACAUGGUUAUUAGGAAUAUUACAACGGAAUUUUUGGAGGAAUCUAUAAGUUCUGAUGGUAAAUCAAUUUUGAAUAAGCUCCUUUCGAAAUAUCCACCAGAAAUCGAUGCUAGUCAGUUGCAAAAGAUCUUAAAAGGUCAUUGGAAGCAUUAUCUUCCCGAAAAACCAACGUUGGAAUUGUGUAAAAGUUUAAUUAUGAUUCGGGAUUAUAAUAUAAGUGGAAGAAUUAAUAUUCUUGAUAUACCCGUUUUAAUGAAUAUGUUACAAUUUUGGAGGUUAGCGUUUCAAAAAAUGGAAAGAAGUCACAACAGUGGAAAAACUUCAAGUUAUAACUUAAGAGCUUUACUUUGGGAGACCGGAUGUACCGUUAGUAAUAAAGUUUUGGAAUGUGUGGUAUUGAGAUUUGCCAAAAAUAAGAUUUUAACGGCCGAAAAUUUCAUUAUGGCUAUGGUUAGGCUACAUUUAGCACACGAACGAUAUCAUAGUUUGGACACAAAAACGAAAAGUAACCCCAUUUCUUUAGAGGAAAUGAUCCUAAUGACGAUAUAUUCGUGAAGAAUUAUCGCCGUCUAUAUUAUUAUUAAUAAUUUCUUUAACCAAAGAGAAAAAUUAUCUUAUUAACGAGUUUGAUUAUUUA